AUGGCUUUGAAGAAAGUACAAGAUGCCUCAAAAACAAUUUCGGCCGACAAACGGUACAAAGGUAUUAUCGAUGUGUUGGUUCGUGUUCCAAAGGAACAAGGCUUUUUCUCUCUGUGGAGAGGAAAUUUGGCAAACGUGUUGAGAUAUUUCCCAACACAGGCGCUCAACUUCGCCUUUAAAGACACGUAUAACGUGAUGUUUUUGAAAGGGUAA